UUAGCAGAGGACGGGAGCAAAAGAGGAAGAGAGUGCUGGAAGAGAGACAGGAUUCGGGGGAGUCUUCGACGGCACUGUCCCUUGUGGACGCCUCGUUUUCGUCCUCCUUCUCCCUUUCCCAGGGCAACACCAAGAGGUGUAGGGUAGAUACCAGGAGCCCCGAGGUGUCCCCUAAUAACACCACUGCCACAACAACGACCCCACAUGGUACACAUGGAAGAGUGGGAUGCUACUGUGCUACUUGGACAGGGGUCCAAGACAAAGACCCAGAGGAGAAGCAGGGCUACAUGGAAAGGGAGACAGAACUUGGCAGGGCCCAUGCUGUGUCCACAUUCCCAGAAAUCAGUGAUACAGCACUGCUGCCCAGAGCUCUGUCUGUGCUGCCCGAAGGCUCUCUGCCUGUGCUGCCCAGAGGCCUGGUGCCCGUGCUGCCCAGCACCGAGCCCUCUGCUCCUCCUGAGCCCCCGGCAGAGUCCUGGCCGACUCCAGCACCCCCAGAGCUUGGUGCACAUAAGAAGCCCAGCCUUGGUCACCACCACCGACCCCCUGAGCGCCUCUGCACAUCCAGACGGCCUCCAGGUCUGCCUCCAGAGCUGCCCCGGCUUUUCACCCUGCCUCCUGGCCGGCCUCCAGAACUGCCCUGGCCUUCGUCCCUGCCCCCCGGUCGUCCUCCCGACCUCCCCACUAUCCCUUUCUCCCCCCAUCGCCCUCCAAAAGAACACAUUACAAAAAUUCAGGAGGAAGGAGGAUAUCGCCCCGAGGAUCAGGUCAAGGUGAGUGUGUUUACAAGUUCAUACUCACAAACCUGUGUCUGGAAUAAUACAAAAUCCUGUAGAAAACAAUUACAGAUCACAGAGCACAGACCCUGGAUCCAGAAAAGCUGUCAAAUGACGGUUGGAACAAGGUUCUUAUGGAGCCAGAUGAACACUUGGACGGGAACAGACGUGUGAAUGAUUUUGAACAGCAUGAAUGAAGCUGACAAGUCCAUGGAAAAUGGACACCUGAAUGAAUGAUGCUAGUGUGGAGAAACAGAAGGGAAGACCAACA